AUGGACGACUUUCCAAUUUGUAUUUUGGUCCAUUUUGAUGGAUACGAAGGUCCAACUUUUAAUGGCUCUCUUCCGAUAUUACCACUCACUGUUGGAUACCGAAAAAACAACGUGUCCUGUACAAGAAGACAGUUUCCCUUGCAAGUUGUCUAUGGUAUUACUGCCCAUAAGGCUCAGGGAAUGACAGUUGACAAAGCAGUAGUUGACAUUGGUACGACAGAGUUUGCCCUGGGUCUUACGUAUGUUGCAAUGUCACGGGUUCGGUCCAUCGAAGGACUUAUAAUUGAACCAGGCUUUUCUCAAGACCGCCUUCUCAAGUGUAUCAACAAUAAUGCGGGUUGGGAAACUAAACGUAGAGAACUGGCACGUCUGCGUUCACUUAUACACCAAUGA